ACAAGCUGUCAGUCGCGGACUUCCUUUGAACGCUCUCGAUGGUGAUACACAUUUCUGUCAUCAGUCACGACUGCACGACAAUUGCUCCAAAAUUGUAACUCACGCAGGUACAGGCUCCUGCUGCCAGCCAGUCCUUCUGGAUGUCCAAGUACAAAGUCUUUGUGAUGAGGCAUGGAGAAGGGGCCUGGACCAAAGAGAACCGCUUCUGCAGCUGGGUGGACCAGAGGCUGAGUGAGGACGGCGUCAAGGAGGCCCUGGCGUGCGGUCACCUCCUGAGGGAAGCAGGCUACCACCUGGAUGUGGUCUUCACCUCCCUGCUCAGCCGCUCCAUCCACACAGCCUGGCUGCUGCUAGAGGCCAUGGGGCAGGAGUGGGUCCCAGUGGUGAAAUCGUGGAGGCUGAAUGAGCGCCAUUAUGGUGCUCUGAUCGGGCUCAACCGCGCCGAGAUGGCCCUAAACCAUGGUGAGGAGCAGGUGAAACAGUGGAGGAGGAGUUACGACCUCACGCCACCGCCUAUUGACAAAUCACACCCUUACUUUCUGGAGAUCUACAACGACCGGCGGUAUUCUACUUGCGAUGUUUCUAAAGAGGAUCUACCGAUGUCGGAGAGCCUGAAGGAUGUCUUAGAGAGGCUCCAGCCAUACUGGGAUGGCACUAUUGUGCCAGAGAUCAAACAGGGGAAAUCGGUGCUCAUCUCUGGGCAUGGGAAUAGCUGCAGGGCACUGCUGAAACACUUACAAGGUAUAUCAGAUGCUGAUAUCAUCAACGUGACGUUACCCACAGGAACACCCAUUCUGAUUGAGCUGGAUGAGAACUUCCGGCCCACCAAACCCAUGCAGCUCCUGGGAGACCAGGAAGCCAUCCAGGCAGCCAUCAGGAAGGUGGAGGAUCAGGGGAAGGUCAAACAAACAGCCUGAUUGGCCUGAAUCUAGUCAACUGGAUUCUUGAUUCAAAAAUCUAGUCAACUGAACUCUAGUCAUUAUAGAUACUAGUGAUUGUAGAAUCUAAUCAACUGGAUUCUAGUAAUUCUGUAGUGGAUUCUAGAAUCUAGUCAACUGGCUGUAAGACUCUAAUAUAUGAAGUUGCCCAGGCCCGGGCUAGCACUUAUUUGGUUGCCUGUUAUGCACCAUUAAUCAGAUUCACUCAAAACUGAAUUCUUCAUUUAAUUAAAUUCAUAGUAAUUAAAUUCAUAGUAAGUACAUGUUAUUGUAGCCAGUAAGUCUCACAGUGAAUUUACUGUAUGCAGAAUUGUGGUAUGGACUGAACCCAGACUACUCUAUUUGGUGCAACAAGGAAACAAAAUAAUAUUGUUCAUACAGAAAUAAGUGGUGUGCAUUAACAAGCAUAUUUGGUAAUAGGCUGACUAGGCUUGUAUUGAGGCAUUUUGGCAUUAAAGAAAUACUAGCAUGUGAAACACA